AAAAGAGAGUCACAGCUCUGAUCAUCAAUGGCUUUUCCUGUGGCGCUGGUCAUCAUCCCAUUCGGCACGCUCUUCCUGUUGUCUGGGUUGAUUGUGAACAUCAUUCAGGCUAUUUUUUUCAUCACUAUACGUCCAUUCUCAAGAAACAUGUAUAGAAGGAUCAAUAGAGUGAUGGUUGAGUUGCUGUGGCUCCAGCUUGUUUGGCUCUUCGAUUGGUGGGCAGCUAUUGAGGUUCAAGUCUAUGCAGAUGCAGAAACUUUAGAGUCGAUGGGCAAAGAGCAUCUACUAGUCAUUCCUAAUCAUCGAAGUGAUGUUGACUGGCUUGUUGGGUGGAUUUUAGCAGAGCGCACAGGUUAUCUUGGUAGCACAGUAGCUAUAAUGAAGAAAUCAUCCAAAUACCUUCCAGUCAUUGGUUGGUCAAUGUGGUUUAGUGAAUAUCUCUUUCUGGAGAGAAGUUGGGCCAAGGAUGAAGUUACACUGAAGUCAGGGUUGCAAAAUUUAAAGGACUCCCCCCGGCCAUUUAUGCUGGCUCUCUUUGUUGAGGGAACUCGAUUUACAGAAGCAAAGCUUUCGGCAGCUCAAGAAUUUGCAGCUUCUCGGGGACUACCAAUACCUAAAAAUACUUUGGUUCCUCGUACCAAGGGAUUUGUUUCCUCUGUGAAUAUCAUGCGCUCGUUUGUUCCAGCUAUUUAUGAUGUUACAGUAGCCAUUCCAAGAGAUCAACCUUCACCAACAAUGGUCAGAAUUUUGAAGGGGCAAUCAUCAGUGAUUCAUCUGCACCUGAAAAGGCAUUCAAUGAAUGAACUACCUGAUUCAGAUGACGGCAUUGCAGAGUGGUGCAAAAACAUCUUCAUAUCCAAGGAUGCUCUACUGGAGAAGCAUCGAAACUGCGGAACAUUUGGCGACAAAGAGUUCAAAUCAAUUGGUCGGCCAAAGAAAUCUUUGCUGGUGAUAAUAUUCUGGGCAUGCCUGGUAGGAUUUGCAAUGUAUGAAUUCAUCAGAUGGACUGCCCUGUUCUCAACAUGGACCGGAAUUGCCUUCACAAUGGUUAGUCUAUUGUUGAUCACAAUCACCAUGCAGAUCUUCAUUCUCUUUUCUCAGUCUGAGCGCUCAACUCCGGCCAAAAGUCAGGCAUGCCAAGCUGAAGAAAGACUAGAAGACCAGCUAACAAAGAGUCUGAUUUAGAUACAACCAUAUGAUGGUUUUGUAACCCACAUAUAUAUGGCCUGAAAAGAAA